GGUGUCAGUUCAUGAGGGCGACAUGAGCUGCAGAAGAAAACAACCUGAUCUCUUCACCUCGGAAAACAAAGGAAAGCCACAGAAAGACAGUUUGUUCGCUCUUCGAGUCGUCUUUCUGGAUGAUAGCGAGCAUGUUUUUGAGAUGGAGCAAAGGGUGCUGGGAAAGGAUUUCUUCAACGCAGUAUGUGGACACCUUAAACUUGUGGAAAAGGAAUACUUUGGGCUGGAAUUUCGACAUCAUUGUGGCAGUUUUGUUUGGCUGGAACUGCUUAAACCUCUUGCAAAACAAAUUAAAAGAAGAAAUGGUGUGACCUUCCGCUUCAUAGUGAAGUUUUUCCCACCAGACCCAGGACAGCUGCAGAGAGAGCUAACCAGGUAUCUGUUCGCACUGCAGAUCAAACAGGAUCUGUCCAAUGGCAGUCUGACCUGUAAUGAUAACAGUGCUGCUUUACUGGUUUCCUAUCUUCUGCAGGCAGAGAUCGGGGACUAUGUAGAAGAGCUGGACAAGCAGCAUUUGGAAAACAAGAGGUACAUCCCAAACCAGGAGUGCCUCCACAGAAAGAUCACACGCUUCCAUAAGAGACACAGAGGUCAAUCCCCAGCUCAAGCGGACAGUCAGCUGCUCGAGGUCGCCCGUAAACUGGACAUGUACGGCAUCCGACCUCACGCAGCCAGCGAUGGAGAAGACAUGAGGAUCAAUCUGGCUGUCACUCACUCUGGAGUGCUGGUUUUCCAGGGAAAUACCAAAAUAAACUCUUUCAGCUGGGCCAAUAUUCGUAAGCUCAGCUUCAAGAGGAAACACUUUUUGAUAAAACUUCAUGCACCGAUUGUGGCGUCCUGUAAGGACACUGUAGAAUUUGCCAUGGCCAGUCGUGACGUUUGUAAGGCCUUCUGGAAGAUGUGUGUGGAGUAUCAUGCCUUCUUCCGUCUGUCUGAGGAGCCGAAGGGCAAACAGAAAUCGCUCCUCUACAGCAGGGGAUCUUGCUUUAGAUACAGUGGAAGAACUCAAAAGCAGCUGUUGGACUUCGCAAAGAAAUCUGAGAAGAACUUACCUUUUAAGAGAAGGUACGGUAAAGACAGACAAUGCAGAUCCUCGCCUGACCUGCUGACUGAUGUUUCCAAGCAGGCAUACGAGCAGUCGUGUGGUUUUCCUCAUGCGGGCUGCGCUCCGGGCGGGAAGCGGAGUCAGUCAGCCGUGGAGGUUCUCGUCUCGUCCGAGUUCGAGGAUUCUCAGGCGUCUUCCCUUCAGCCCUUCCACUCGGAGGCAGACGCAGGGCCCGAUGUACAGCAGGUGCACAGGAGCGACCGGAGAGCCCGGUGCAGAUGCUGCGCUUCACAGCGCGAACGUCCCAACAGACGGCAGCUGGUGCUGCUUUACCCAAACCACCCUCACACCUGCCUGCACCUUCAUCCGGUACCUCUGGUGCCGGUGUGUCCGCUGAGUGCUUCGUUUGCUCUGGAUCACUCUUGUGCUCCAGUCCUGCUGCCGUGCUGCAGUCACACCGCUCAUCAGCAAUCGCCCAUGUGCUUUCUAGAUGACGCUGUGCGCUCUUCCAGCUUCUCCGGAUCCUCGUAUGGCUCCCCGGCCCUUAUAAACUGGCAGCAGUAUUCUGGCGUCGGUUGGUCUACGGUGCUCGGAGCAGCGCCAGGCUUUUACUUAGCGGGUAGCUUUGGAGACAGAGAUUGCAAAGACUUUGACAGGGAAGAGUUAGGCCACUUCAGUGACGACUGCAGCUACCAAACGGGACUUCCUCGCCGCUCGUACAGCCAGUCUGACAUGAAGAUGUUAUGUGAGCCUGCCGAGUUUCGACCACUGGGUCACUAUCCUCACCUUUCUCGACGGCAAGGCCUCUCACGGCCUACAUACCUGCCGCUGCACUCGUCUCUCCUGCCGGAGCAACCGACAGAAGGAAGCCGGUCAGAACUGAGUCACAGUGACUCGGACUCGGAUGCCGUGUGUUCGUCCUACUGCCCCGGGCUCAGCCGACUGGUGCGGACUGGGCCUCUGGCACGCAUGCGCAUUUCCUCCGGUAGCUUACAGCUGGAUGAAGAGGAACAUUUGUCUAGUAAUGAAGAAGGUACAGCCUCUGCAUCAGCUGUCAAAGCUAAACACAAGUCCUGAGAUACACAGGGAACAUGGACAACUGUGUACUACAACAUAAAUUCAUUCAUUUGCACCCAUGCAGGGUUGCCAGUUUUUCACAACAAAACCCACCCAAUUGCUACUCAAAACUAGCCCAAUCACAUUUCGGGGGUCCUCCGGUCCCAGGGGAUAAAAUUUGUGUUUUUGGCAGGGUUCCCCUGGUAAAAUUCACAUUGCAGGGGUUAAAUAUCAUGUUAUUUGGGGUUGCUUCAACCCACGGACAUGAAAAACAACCCGCAGCAACAGUGUUAAAGUAGCCCAAUUCCACGGGAAAACCACGGACUGCACCAAAGUGUGCUGCACAAGUCCUGAAAAGUGAAGCCAAAGCAUUUCGAUCACCCCCUGGUGGCUGGCUGCAGUAUCGAAUGGGACAUGAGCCAAACUUCCAAAGAUUCUUUCUGUCGUUUUAGG